UAACAUUGCCAUCAUGAUCAAGUAAAGUGUAGUCUGUUUGACCAGUGUUUUUUCCUCAUGUUGACGCGAUCUAUCCAGGUCUUUGAUCGAGAGAACAUUUUUGUUCGAAAAAAUGACCCAGCUUGUCGCCGACUUAGUUUGUCUGUUCUCAACCAGAACAACAGCUGUUCUCAGUCUUCUCACAGUUCUUAGUUCUCAGCUGUUCUCGUUCAUAAUAUAGGUUAUGAUUUUUAUUCUAUUGUAGAAAGAAGUUUAAUUAUUUUACAAACUAGAAUUAUUAUUAAACUGGAAUUUCAGAAAUAAACACUUAAGAAUGCUACGUCCAAUAACUGGAGGAUUGGUUUUAUUGAAACAAAUUUUAUCAAAAAAUAAUGGGCGAAGUUUUAGCGUUGCGGUCGUAAACAGAGUGAAAGAAAUAAUAGUUACUAAGGAUGACAAGAAAACAAUAAUUGAAGGAAUUUUGAAGCCAUCAGAUCGUGUGAACUUACUUCUUGACCCACCAGCAGAUUCGAACCCUGAGGCAUGCUCAAUAUGUAGGCUUGACGUCGACAUCAAGCAUACUGAUGUGCUGCUUCUGAGUCAGUUUAUGCGCUCUGAUGGAGGAAUGCUACCGCGUCGAGUCACUGGGCUGUGCAGAACUCAACAGAAACGGAUGUCCAAACUAGUAACAAUGGCCUUGAAAGCUGGUCUGAUGCCAAACCUGGCUCCAGCCAACAGCAAGCGAGAUCCAGCGAGGCGUGACAAGUUCAAGAAGAAUCACCGCUACUAUGAUGAGAGCACCAUCAGGCCGCCGUUCCGACUCAAGUAUCCAACUGAUGAAAACUUUCUUUAGUGUUAUCAAUGUAUAUUCUUGCAAUAAACUCUCCAUUUAGUAAUAAAAAUUUAAUCUUUUACUCACAAUUUAGCAAUUAAAAUGAUGUGACAAGAU